GUAAUGAUGAGCGCUACCGCACCAGUGCUACAGGAUCAAACGCAAGACGUGGAUCGUCAGGCGCUUCUGGUGGCCAAGAUAGUUGCCAUGGUGGUGCUCUUGAUCAUAACCGUGCUUUGCGGCAGCCUUCCCUACGUCCUGAACAGGUGCUUCCAGUGGACGAAAGUGAGUCCGGAGGAGACCCGGUCGUCGUUGGUUGUGCGAUGCCUACUCUUCUUCGGCGGCGGAGUCCUCAUCUGCACCACUUUUCUGCACAUACUGCCCGAGGUAAUCGAGGUAGUGGAAGCGCUCCAGGAAUGCGGGUCGCUUGCCCAGACGCCAUUCGCCCUGGCGGAAAUGCUGCUUUGCACGGGCUUUUUUUUGAUGUACGCGUUGGACGAGGUGAUGACCAGCCUCGUGCGGCACCACCAGCGAAAGCUUAGUCGAAAGGAGUCAGUGGCUAGUCUGGCGUUCGAAAGAGGACGCAGCAUUCGGCACAGUGUACUUCUCAAUCCGAAGGCGAAGGAAGAAGUGGAAGUUAGGAAUAUGUCGCCCCAGCCGCCCAAGGAUCACAACGGCCACUCGCACCUACCCGUGCCAUCGGACGAAGGAACCUCUGCCAGGGGCCUGGGCAUUAUCCUGGCCCUGUCGCUUCACGAACUUUUCGAGGGCAUGGCUAUUGGUCUGGAGGGCUCUGUGAGCACUGUGUGGUUUAUGUUUGGAGCGGUCUCCGCCCACAAGUUGGUGCUGGCCUUUUGUGUAGGCAUGGAGCUUCUGGUCGCACGUACACGCAGUUCGCUGGCCAUCUUGUACCUAAUAACCUUCUCCAUUGUUACGCCCAUUGGUAUCGGAAUUGGGCUGGGCAUCAGCCAGCAUGUGGCAGCGGGUCAGCCCAGUCUGCCAUCCGGAGUGCUCCAGGGCAUCGCCUGCGGAACCUUACUGUAUGUGGUCUUCUUCGAGAUCCUCACCGAGAGCCACGCCGGUUGGAGGGCCCUUGUGGCCGCCGUGGCGGGAUUCGCGCUGAUGUUUGGCCUGCAAAUUCUUUCUGAGGAAGCUGAGAGCGAUGGCAGCCUUACCUGUUCCUAGGAUGUUUGACGCCACCCCAGUGUUAUACAGUUUCGUCUAUAUAAAAGCAAAAGUUUAUAAAAAGAACAACAA